CCUGCAUACUAGCCUCUACUGCAUAUUAGUGUUGUCAAAAUUGAUUCAAUUAUUUAAAAUUGAUUCAAUUGCACAAGGAAGAUAUAGCACUGGCUAUAUCCACUUCCGAACCCUAUCUAAGAAAGAAGCUGUGUUUUGGGUGCUUCAUCCUUGUUUCUCGUCUUCUUGUAUCCCCUUAUGAAGAGGUUUACAUUCUGGUCUCAAGCCUAUCUAGGGUUUACCUUUAAUUGGGGGGCUUUGUUAGGAUGGGCAGCAAUUAAAGGAAGUCUGGAUCCGUCUAUUAUGCUGCCACUUUAUGCCUCUGGAGUUUUUUGGACCCUUGUGUAUGAUACUAUCUAUGCACAUCAGGAUAAAGAAGAUGACCUAAAAGUGGGAGUUAAAUCAACAGCUUUACGCUUUGGUGAUUUGACAAAAGAAUGGAUUACUGGUUUUGGGUUUGCAUGCCUUGGUAAUGUUGCUCUCAGUGGUUUUAAUGCUGAACUAGGUUGGCCAUAUUAUGCAUGUCUAGCUGCUGCAUCCGGACACUUGGGCUGGCAAGUAUGGAAGUUGACCUUUCAUCGCGUGCUGAUUGCAAUAGGAAAUUUGUCUCAAAUAAGUGGUUUGGAGCUAUCGUAUUUGGUGGGAUCCUUGCUGGGAGGCUUUCAUCACAGUGAAGGCACUGUGAGCUUACAUGAAUAAGACUUGAAAGAAGUACAUGAUUGUCUUUUGGUGUGCACAACCUGGACACUGGAUCUCCUUAGACUUGAGGUUGUGACUUGUGACAAAGAAAUCAACAGGGAACCUUCCCAGUUUGAAUUAUUGGAAAAUACUGCAAGCGGGAGAUGCCAAGGCACAGUAGCUGCCAUUUGAAGGUUCAAGCUAUGGAGUCGGUGAAUGUUCAGGGGCAGAGUAUUGAUAGGCGCCCUUGGUUAAUUAGUUAUUAAUUUACUUAGUUAGUUGAGAUAGUUUUAGUUGGUUUGAGAGAGUGAGCGAGAAUGUUAUAAAUAAGAGAGACUUAGAGAGAAAUAACAUCUUUGGGAUCAUUUAUGCUCUCUCAAGUAACCUGUAAAUUCUUAGCGUUACUUCAGUUUACUUUUCUUCUUUAAUGGCGGGUACCUAUCAAUUAGUCCACUCAGGUUUAGACGAGUAAAAGGGCAUCAUAUUUGUUACAUAAUGACUUUAAUUAUUGAUUAUUGGCGGUACAUGGGGUAUUUUUCAUGUAAGAAAAAUCAGACACAUUGAAAAACUUGUAAUACAA